AUGACUGAUGACGUAUAACAGAGACGACCGCUUUUCCUAUGAUAAUACGAUAUUGUUUUUAAGCGCACACGCCGACGUCGCCGACGCGUAUUUGUACGUGAAUUUUUUUUUUUUUUGUCGUAUCUCUCCGCUGUUAACCCCUAACUCGUCACACAGUCCGUCACCCGGUUAUCGGGCGCCCCUACAUCGGCCGAUAGCGCGACCGCGAUGCGUAUGACCCGUCGUCGUCGUCCGUCCGUCGUCGUCGUCGUCGCUGCCGUCGUCGCCGCCGUCGCUGCCGCUGCCGUUGUCGUGUAGUAGUGUGUACUAACCGCUUCGGGCAAGGAGUUUCGCGCGCCCCGUCGACACCGCCUCAACAGACGCCGCCGCCGCAGCCACGCUCCCGGAAACUCCGCCGUCUUCCGAUGUGUCGCCGUCCCCGGUCCGCACCAUCCAACUGAUGCGCGUCCAUCGCUUCUCGAAAACGAUGAUCCGUUCCCGUUGAAAACUUCGUCGGACUUCACUGCUGUUGCUACAAGGCGUUUUAAGUGUCUAAUUAUCAAUGAGUAAUCAGCUGGUCGACUCAUGUUUGUUGGUGAACAGAAGGGUGGAGAAGCUUCAAGAGCAAAGCUUCACUUGCACUGAGAUUACACAGAGAGCUCAGUCAGACCUCUCUCAAAAUAAUUCAUACCCAAAUGACGUCACAUAUUCAAACAACGGCCUUCAAGAAAAUCAUUCAUCUAAUUCAUCUGCUCAAUGUAGUGAAAAACCUGUAUUAGUAUCCCAAACAAAGAAACAUCAAACAACACAACAAGUUACAACUGUGACAAAAGUUGUCCGAGAAGUUCAUCAUAUGAUUCCUAAUGGUCAUUCAUUAGAUUACAUCCCUUAUACAUUAGGAGUGUCAUCUUCGUCAACUUCAUCAACUCAACCAAAUAAUCCUGCUCAUAUGUCAGAAUCUGGACAUUAUAAUAAUGACUACCAGAAUUACAAUCCAGGUUGUCAGGAUUAUGACCAUUAUGUUGGCGUACAUCCUGGACUUUCGUAUUACAGUUCCAACAAUAUACCUGGACAGCAAGGUGCUAAAAUAGAUGGAAAUGCCUACCAUGUAUAUGACACAGGAUCAUCCCCUAACCAACUGGGGCAUGAAUAUAAUGAAACGAUACCCACACCACCAAGUCCUAGUGCGUGCAGUGAAUCUCCUCCACCACAACAGCUCAUGGCUCAAGAAUACAUGAGAAAAGGAUUACCAUAUCCUCCUUCUGGCUAUGAAGAACUUGAUGCUACUCAAUUGCAUCCAAAUCAUGAUCAUUAUCAUCGAAUAACACCAUCACCAGGCGAUUGUUAUGAUCAAAUGAGUGGAUCAUGGAAUAUGGAUGAAUGUGGAGAUCAAAUGGGUCAAGGUCUUAGAUGGAGAGAUCCUAAUUUGCCUGAAGUUAUAACAUUCUUGGCUAACCCAAAUAAUUUAAUUAAAGCAAAUGCUGCUGCUUAUUUACAACAUUUAUGUUACAUGGACGAUCCAAACAAACAAAAAACUAGAACAUUAGGUGGAAUACAGGCUUUAGCAAAGCUCUUGAAUCAUGAUUGCCCAGAUGUUUACAGAAAUGCGUGUGGGGCUCUUAGAAAUUUAUCAUAUGGAAGACAAAAUGAUGAAAAUAAACGAGCCAUUAAAGAUGCUGGUGGAAUACCAUUAUUAAUCAAUUUAUUACAUAAAUCUGCUGAUGCAGAAGUUAAAGAACUCGUUACAGGGGUUUUAUGGAAUUUAUCAUCAUGUGAAGAUUUGAAAAAAUCAAUCAUUGAUGAUGGCCUUUCGACUAUUGUGAAUCAUAUUUUACUACCUCAUUCAGGGUGGAGUCCUACUGUUUGUAGUGAUAUCUGUUGGUCCACUGUAUUUAGAAAUACUUCUGGUGUAUUAAGGAAUAUAAGUUCAGCUGGUGAAUAUGCACGAAAAAAGUUACGUGAAUGUGAACAUUUAAUUGAUUCGCUUCUUUAUGUUAUUUCAACUGCUAUUGAAAAGUCAAAUAUUGGAAAUAAAAGUGUUGAAAAUUGUGUAUGCAUAUUAAGGAACUUAUCAUAUAGGUGUCAAGAAGUUGAAGAUCCAAAUUAUGAUAAACACCCUUUACCAACUCAAAGUAGAGUUGGUCCUCAACCAAAAGCAGAAAACUUGGGGUGUUUUGGAGCUAGUAAAAAGAAAAAAGAUAUCCAAGUGGUUUCACCCAAAGAAAACCCUAGUAGUCGUAUAAUUCCUAGAUCAGAACCAGCUAAAGGAAUGGAGCUUUUGUGGCAACCAGAAGUGGUUCAAUCAUAUUUAGCGUUGCUUCAGAGCUGUUCAAAUCCAGAAACUCUUGAAGCUGCUGCUGGUGCAAUUCAGAAUUUAGCUGCGUGUUAUUGGCAGCCUAGUAUUGAAAUUAGAGCUGCAGUUCGGAAAGAAAAAGGUCUCCCUAUUCUUGUCGAGCUCUUACGAAUGGAAGUUGAUCGUGUAGUAUGUGCUGUAGCCACGGCUUUAAGGAAUUUAGCUAUUGAUCAAAGAAAUAAAGAACUUAUUGGCAAGUAUGCAAUGAGAGACUUAGUGCAAAAAUUACCAUCAGGAAAUGCUCAACAUGAUCAAGGAACUUCAGAUGAUACUAUAGCAGCAGUUUUAGCUACACUGAAUGAAGUCAUUAAGAAAAAUGCUGAAUUUGCUAGGUCAUUAUUGGAUUCAAGUGGAGUAGAAAGAUUAAUGAAUAUAAUCAGACAGCGUCAGAAGUAUACAUCAAGAGUUUUGAAAUUUGCCAGCCAAGUUUUAUUUGCUAUGUGGCAACAUCAAGAGUUGAGAGAUGCAUAUAAAAAACACGGUUGGAGAGAACAAGACUUCGUUACAAAAACUAUUGCAGCUAGAAAUGCAGCAGGUGGAGUAAAUUCACCAAAUAAUGCAAACAGUACACUGAAUCGCCCAAUGGCGAGUCAAGGUGGAACUCGGUAUGAAGAUCGUACAAUUCAAAGACAAAAUCCAAAUCUUUCACAGAUAAAUCAUUCACUGUCAAACUCUAAUUCAAAUUCUACUUACCAGGCUAAUGAAGAUAUUCCAUUAGCUGAUAUGCCAUAUCCUGAAGUGUCUAAUCAUACUCCUCCAGCUGGUGGAGUAUUAAUAUAUCCUCCUGGACAUCCAUUGAGACCAGGUGAACCACUUUAUGCUCAAGUUAACCGCGAGAAAAAGAAAAAUAAACAAUAUGACCCAUCUUGUUCAAUGGGUGAAAUGUGGAACUAUAAUGAACAAGCGCAACCAAAAGUAUCAUCUGUUGAUGUAUCCACUGCUCAAGGUGGUGAUUCAUGGGUAUAAUAACCAUUUGGCUGACUUUUUAUGCAUUUUUUUUUUUUAGUAUCUUAAAUAUACAUUGUAAGUAUUUGUUAUUAUGACGAGGUGAUAUUAUUA